AGGCGUGGGGCGCCACAAGAGACAGGAUUCCUGCGCUCGUGCAGCCCGCGGCAGCUCGGUGCGUCUGGCCCGAGGCACCCUCGGUCCAUCUCGCGCAGCCCGAGCCCGGUGGGAGUCGCAGAGCCCAGGUUGGGGACCUCAGUGCCCCCGUGCGCAGCGGAGAUCGCCGCGGCGCUUAGGAGAUGCCCCGGAGCCAGGCGCGUCCGAACGCGCCAUCGAACGCAGCGUGGGCAGAGCUAGCGCCCGAGUUCGCAGCUCAGCUCAGGAGGAUCGGAGACAAACUGUAUUCUGCGCGGUGUGAACCCGACAUCACUGCGGUGCUGGCGGAGAUGCCUGGCAGGAAGGCGCGAAAGAGCGCGACCAGAAGCCCAACGCCGGAAUCAGAAGACCUAGAAGAUGAGUGUGUUCAACUCCGGAGAAUUGGAGACAAACUGAAUUUAUGGCAGAAACUUCUGAAUUUAAUUUCCAAGCUCUUUAAUUUAGUAACCUGAGUUCUUCAAACUUUUUUGCAAGAAGGGACUCCCAGAAAGGAAGUUCCCAGUUGGUGCAAAUGUCUAUUAUAGGAUGGACUGUGAUGUGACGGAGAGGGAUGAGGAGGUUCCCUGAGCUCGGAUAAUGAAUGAGAUGGAAAUGAAUUUCUUCAGGAAAGUUUUCGGAAAUCGUCCUUUGAGAUGUGAUAACGUGAAACCACAUUUAUUUUAAAACAAGACUAGAGGAGUCAUGGAAAUAGGGAGGUAACUAGGAAUACACCUGUCUUUUGAGAGUUGGUCUGGAGUUUUUGCGAGAGGUUAUUGUCAAAAGCCAUGGGAAGGGGUGUGGCAAAUGAUUGCAUCGGGGUGGAGGAGAGUUGUUCAGCAUUGUUUUUCCCUACUUGACAGUAACUCCAGAGUAAUGUGUACUGUUUAGUUUCAUCCACUUAAUCUUCUGAGAGGAAACAUUUCAUUUUUGUUAACAUUAAGUGUUAUAGUGAAUAUUGAUUUCAUAGGUCACCAUGAACCUAUUGUGCCUGUUUAGGUGACUUUUAAGUGUGUUACUGUAACCAUUAACUGGAAAGUAUGGAAAACUACCAAGUCACUGAAAAAAAAAAUGUUAGAAGUAUAUCAAGGUUACUUGGUGCCAGUAAAAUUCUUGCACAUUGACUAUUAUGUGAUAAAAAGAGAGUUGAGAUUUUAUGUAACCUGAGACAAUGAAAUCCAAGAAACUUUUUUAAGUUGAUACAAUUAAAACUUAGUAAAAGAUUCAUAAGAAGUUCCUAAAAUUUUACCUGCCACAAGUAUUUCUUAGAGGUUUGUUGUUGUUGUUAUUUUUUGUUUUGUUUUGUAUUUUUUGAGACAGUGUUUCUCUGUAGCUCUGGCUGCCCUGGAAACUCUAGACCAGGCUAGCCUUCACUCAGAGAUUCACCCAUCUCUGUUUCCCGAGCCCUCACUACCACACGAGCUUUAGAGUUUCAGUUUCAAUCUGGGCUAUAAAUGUGAAACUCAAACUACUCAAUAACAAAUCAGUCCUGGUUAACAAAGGCAAGAGACUGGAAUAGACGUUUCCCUGAAAGGCAUGCAGAUGGCCCAAAGAUGAGUGAUUCAGAGAAAUGUAAACAAAAACCACCGAGAGAUGAUCUUAUACUCUCUGGAUUGACUGUUACCAAAAACGAAAGAUAACAAGCAUGGAAAGGACUGAAGAAGAGAAGGGAUUUCUGCAUAACUUCGUCAGUGUUGUAAGGCAGGACGCCUAGUUUGUAAACUAGCAUUGAGGUUCCUUUAAAGCUAAGACACCCUAACCCCAGCUGUCCCACUACUGAGUACAUACGCAAAGGUGUUGAAAUCUGUCUGCUGAAGGGAUGUCUUCAUUUUUUAUUACUUGUAUUAGCUAAGACUCGGAAACUGUCAAAGGCUGAGAGGGUUUUAAAAGCGGGAAUAUAAACAAAAUUGAGCCUUAAAAAGCAGGAGAUGUUAUUUGUCAAACAUGGAUGUUAGAUAACCGAGCUGCCUCUAGAGACAGCACUCUGCUCCUGUUGUUUAUAUUUUGACAAAAGGCCAUGUCAGCAAAUAGGAUUAAGAUGGCUGUGGGGGUGGGCUGGGGGAUGAGCAAAGGGCCACCCCAGUCUUGUAUACAGCAAGGUGACGACAGUGAGUGCAUACUUGACAAGAACUGAAAAGAUGUUGCCUGUUCUGACCAGAAGGAAGUGACACCCGCAGAAGUGAUGGGAUGGGAUAUUCUCAUAACUCUGUUUGAUCUUUCCCCACGGUGUCCGCGCACUGAAACUCAACCCUGUAAACGCAUUUAAUUUGUUAACGAAAACUAAAAAUUGUCCAAAAAGGGAAAUAAUCUCAUGAUUGAGUUUUACCAGGAAUAAUAUUUAUUUUACUUAUUUAUAAUUGAAGUAUUGCUGUUUCGUUUGAACAUGUGUGCCAGUUUCAUUUUUGUUAUGAGACAAGGGUCUCAUAGCCAUGUGAAGGGUGUCACAGAGCUAGUCACUUUGGAAGAACUUACCUCAGUCGUUAACGGGCCUCAGCAUUAAGGUUGUUUACUUUGAAGAUUUUUUUUUUUCUUGGCCUAAAGGCAGACAUUUUGCCAAAUGGGUAUUUAUGGUCUGUGACUGUAUUUAUAUGUAUGUUUCUGAAAACUGAUAUUGUAGUCUGAACUAUUAAAUAGAGUUGGAUACUGUAGCAGCUAUUGAAAAAUA